UAUUUGGACAAAGCCAGUCAGAUGUUGGACGGUAAAAAAAACCUCUGGACUCCAACGAUUUUUUACGCCCAGUUGUGAUAUCGAACCAUCAAGCUGAUCGUCGGCCGUGAAAGUGCCAGCGACGAGGGGAGGACGGUCUAUUUUUGGAGGGCGAGAGUUCGGAUCUCGCACAGAGGGAAGGAGGAGGAAGACCCGCAGAGAAGAAGGGACGUAGCGGGGAGAAGAUCCUGAUGCCAGUGAUGGCAAACGAGCCGAUCAUCCUAAACGUCUAUGAUAUGUACUGGAUCAAUGAGUUCACCAGCUCUCUGGGAAUAGGAGUCUUUCACUCAGGGAUUGAGAUCUAUGGAAGAGAGUUUGCCUAUGGAGGACACCCCUACCCGUUCUCAGGGAUCUUUGAGAUAACGCCAGGCGACGCAACUGAACUCGGCGAGACCUUUAAGUUCAAAGAAGCCAUAGUCCUGGGCAGCACAGACUUCACCGAGGAGGAUGUGGAGCGGAUCGUGGAGGAGAUGGGGAAGGAGUACAAAGGCAACGCCUACCACCUCAUGCACAAGAACUGCAACCACUUCUCAUCAGCACUGUCAGAGAUCCUGUGUGGCAGGGAGAUCCCUCGCUGGGUCAACCGGCUGGCCUACUUCAGCUCCUGCGUGCCAUUCCUCCAGAGCUGCCUGCCCAAAGAGUGGCUGACGCCGGCCGCCUUACAGUCCAGCGUGAGCCAGGAGCUCCACGGAGGAGGAGAGCUGGAGGAGGCCGAGGACGCUGCCGCCACCGCCUCCCUGGCCUCCAUGUCGCCCUGCUCACCGUCAUCCUCCUCCAGCCCUUCCUCCUCUUUGCCUCGUCACUCUCGCCACCAGCCCCGCCGGUAGGAGCUGCCAGAAACCUGGGGCUGGACUUUGUCGUUGCAGAGACGGUCAGGAAACAAAAUACCUGCAGCAGCUGACGGGUCCGAGCUGCAGCCAAAAGUCCUGGAGCACGGCGCUGAACCUACUCAGAACGUCAGCCAAACCUCCACAGCGACGAGGGAAGGGUUUUUCCUCACAGAAAGGAAAGGAACUCUUGCUGCUGACAAAGGCAGGAAACUUAAUUUCAUCUCUCCCAACCCACGCAGAAUCCAAACUGUUUCUCUUCAAGUCACUUUUACUCAUUCACCUGCCAAACUUCUGGGUGUUUGUCCACUGGAGUUCCUUAAACUUCACCAGCCACGUCCAGAUUUUACCAGCGCUUCGUUUGUGAAAGGUGUUUGUCGUGGAAACCAGAACGAGGAGGUCUGAAUAAAACAACACGAGUUUGAGCUGUUGUUCGGUUUGGAGGGUUAGCCACUUGUUGCUGAUUUUCCAGUUGUUUGGAAGUAAAAAUCACACUUUUAUCAGUCAGGUGACACUGAUUUAGUGUGUUGUGGAUGUCUGGUUAGCAGGUGCCAGAUUUACCUUCCCUCUCACUCCGUCUACCUUUAGGUCGAACACGUUGGAGGGCCACAAUUAAAACACACAUCAGGCCUUAACUUAUUCUGAAAAUACUGUAUUUACUGUAAAGGCAGCGAACGAGUGAACAGUCAUGUGUCGGAGCAAGAUGUGGUAAUCGUCAGAACUAGCUGUGAAGACUGAGAACAGACAGCUGGUGUGAAAAGUGUUGAAUGAGGGGAUUUCCAGGGCUGCUGAAGCAUCUGACAGGAUUAGCACAGAAUUAAAAACAGAACAAGUGUUGUUCUGUUGCAUAAAUCACAUCAUUCUUUGUGCAUUUUUCUCAAUUUUUGCUUUAUUUUUUAAUCAUACUGUCUAUCUUUACUCCUCCGGACCUCUAAAGUCCAUUAAAAUGAAACCUUUUGAGAAGGAAAACCAUUGUGGUUUUAAACACACACACUCCGAGCGCUGGUAUAAUUUGACGUGUGCCUGGUAAAUGUUUCAGUCUUUGACGUUUCUAGAAGCACCAGGUGGAUUUAGGAAUCUCUACACUUUGCCUCAAAAUGCUGUGAGCACAUCAGGACCUCAGCCUCUUAUUUUUCUAUGACAGCGGGCUGAAAGUCGACUACAAUCAGCCUCAUAAACGCUGAUCCAGAGCCGGUGUCGACCCUGAAGACACCCUGGAUGGGUUCGGUUGCGGGUAAACUCUGCUUCCCGUCUCACUCUGUCAAACCUGUAGCAGCUGCUAAAGUCCUCCCUGCCGUCAUGGAAUCACCACGCGUGAUCUGAUGAAACCAAACCAUCUCUUAGCCUUUAUUCUGACACUUUUCUCAUCAAGUACCAACACUUGUUUCAUUUCAGAUACUGUAAAAUGUUCCUGUAUGGUUUCAAUUAAUGCAGGCAGUGACUUCAGCGCUUUCAGAUGGUCUGUUAAAGUGACGGCAUUCUGACUUUUUGUUUCUGUUCCUCACGGCUAAUUUCAGACAUAAUUAUAAGUAGUUAAUGGAGUUAUCGCCGUUGUUGCACACAACUCUAAUAUGGUUUAACGUGUCAUCCUGCGGGUCAAAAUUGACCCGUUUUAAAGUUUGAAAAUUGGAAAAAAAAUAUUUUCACAGUGAAACUUCUGAUGUCCACAUUUUCAACAUUUUUGGGAAAUCUUUGAACAUUUUUUGGUGGAAAAAAAGAAAUGUUAAAAAUGUUUCUUAAGAGCAUUCACAUAAAAAUCAACCAAAAUCCAGCAAAUUUCGCUGGAUUUUGGUUGAUUUUUAUGUGAAUGUUGUUAAAGAAAAUAUUAGAAGUUUUACUAAUACAUAUGGAAUCACUUUUUAGAUAUUUUUAGGAUUUUUGGAAGGUCUUUACUCAUUUUUGAAAAUAUUUACAAGAAUUUUCUUGCCAAAUUCGGGGGAUUUUUUUAAAAUAAAACUUUUAAGGGAAACUUUUAAGGAAUUAUUGGAAUUUUCUUCCUGAAGGUUUUGCAAAUUUUCAGAAAUUUGGGGAAUUAUUUUGCUGAAUUUUUAGAUUUUUUUCAGACAAGGAAACAAUAUUUUUUGGUGUCCGUAAAUGACGACAACAGGAGGGUUAAGGGAUCGACCGAUACUGAUGGCGAUUAUUGGUCAUGAAGAAAGAACAAUACCUGAUAUUUUAAACCGAUAUACAAUAAAUGUUGUCCUUAGCAGCAUUCGAUAGCAUAGAACCUGUCAUCCAUAACUAGGUGUUUUUAUUACUAAGGCGUCUCCUAGCAGUAGGAUCGCUGUGACGUAGCAUAGCUUUAGCUGCCUUGAAAGCAGUAAAUUUCCUGCUUUGUGGCGGCGGCUUGGGUUUCUUGUUCUGUUUUUAUGGGUUGUGUUUCUGGUAGAGAGACUUUGCUGAGACCACAGAGUAACUGCAAACAGAGAGAGGAGGCAGCAUCAGACCUGAAGUAGAGUAAGUAAGCGAUACUUAAUAAGACUAACAAUACAGAUAAUCAGCAAAAUGCCGUUAUUGAGCCCCGAUAAUAGGCCAAUAAUCAGCUUAUCCCUACUAUGGAUCCUGCUGCUGCCUGAUGCUGCAGGUAUUUAAUGCUUUUAUUAAUAAACUCAGAGGAAAGACUCCUAAAUAUCUGGAAGCAACAAACUAAGCUUUUUCUUGCAUUAAUGGUGAGUCUCAUUUAGGGAGAGACCGAUUAUUGGCCGAUAUUUGGUAUUUUUUCGAUUAUUGGAAUUAGUAAAUUAAUGGCUGAUUAUUGAUGAAUUAAAUGCUCUAGCUCAGGUCUGAUCAGCCUCCUCUGUCUGUCUGUCGUCACUCAGUGGUCUCAGAGACAGAAAAAACUGAACAAGUUGCCACAAACCAGGAAAUUAGCUUCUUGGCUAGUGGCUAGGUUAUAAGGCAGCCACAGAUUAACCUGAAACAGAGUCUGGAAAGCAGUAAAUUAAUAAUGCUGUAAGAUAUGAGCCAUAGUGGGUAAUAAAAGUGCUAGAACAGUGAAAGAUUAAGAAAAAUUCGAUCACAACAAUUAACGCAAGUUCAACCAAUCUCUGAAUUUUGCGCUACCUUGCAAUUUUGUCCAAUCACCGCAACUUUUAUGCAAUUUUGUCCUGCCUCCCGUGAGUUCCACCAGUCAUAGCAGUCCAUAUGUAAUACACGAACAUCACCGAAUUCACUUCCUGUUUCUGAUUUGAAGAUGCAGACAUGUCCCAUUCUAAUGUCUCUUAUUUACCAACAAAAAUUACUGCUGAAGACGUGAAAAACAAGUCCCUGAUGUUCUUCACCAAAGCGGAGCUAAACUGUUUUACACCCAUGAAAUAUUGUGGUGGAAAACAAACGAAAAUCAUCGACUUACAAACACUUUUCUACCUCCAAACAUAUUAGGAGAACGUCUGAAAGGAGCGGAAACAGACCAGAUAAAUAUGCUUAAAGUAUCGCAACUUACAUCGCAGCUUUUUUUUUUUUUUUUUAAAGAAAAGUUGCCGCAAAAUCAGGCACUUUAGGCCUCAACAAUCUGGAAAGAAGCCCACAGAAUCCUGGAGGAACUGAACAUUCCAUCAAAUGUACCUCAGCCCCAAAUAUUGGCCUUUCUUGAGUACCGAUAACCGGUGUCGGCCCUUAAACACAGAUAUCACUAAUGUGACCUGUCUUCAUUGCAGUAAAGUUGUAUUUUUAGUGGACAUUUCAGUUCAGAGUUGGUGUGAAAUUGUAGGACAAAGUUAAGGAGAGAGUUUUAGCAAUUUCAAACUCUUUUGUUUUUUUAGACCGCUAUUGGUGCUGAUAUGUGGGAAAAGCCUUCCCCCUAGUCGACUCGGAGUAUGUCGUGAGCUUGUGCCGAUCUGUUAACGCGACGUCCUGCAGCUCAGACUUGUGUCGUGCUGAGAGUGAACUGUGAACGUUACUAAGUAGUACGAUUUUAGCUUUGAGAGAAAAGUGAUCGGCCGUCAGAUGCUGCCACAUUAACGAAGAAGGAGUCUGAAAGGGGCUUUGGAGAUUAGACAUUUCUUUCUCAGUAGCAGCUGCCGAGGUGCCUUUUGAGCAAGGCACUGAACCCACAACGUUCCAGUAACCAGCAGUAGAAGGCUGUGGUUGUACUGGACCGCUCCCAGUCAUCUUUUUUCCUCACAUCGGUGUCCAGUUGGGGACGGCACACAUUGAUUCCGAGCAUCACAAACACGUUUCAGGUUCCAUUUUGAAACUUUCUACUGUAAUUUUCACUGAAAUAAGCCUUUUCUAAUGUUUUCACCAGAGGAUGCUGCUUUUCCUGUACGAUGAGCGCCUCAUUUCAGACUCUGGUAACAACACGAGUGCUGUGAAAUGUGUAUCGUCCCAAACAAGAGCCGUGGAUGUGCUGGUCUGAGGACGGUCAAAUCUGAAAAAAAAAACACAAAAAAACCUCUUGUUUAUGUUUUUUAAAUCCUUAUGGUAUUUCUAUGAUAUAAAGACUCUUCUGGCCUUUUUGUCUGUUUGGUUUGAUAAACUCAGGACUCUAAAAAGGCUUUGUAAUAUAAUCCUUUUUUAUCCCACAGUUUAUGUUUGCGUCAUCGUCGCUUUUUCUAAUGCAGUAGUCACUCCAUAGAGCUUUUCAUCGGCACACUGUGGCAGUGCGCUUUUAUACUCCUCUCUUUCAUAAGAAAAACAGCUUUUGUUUACAAUCGUAUGUGUGUUUGUGAGUCUGUGCUGCUUUCUGUUUGUUUGUUUGUUCUGUAUGUGCAUGAAUGCUGCCAACUGGGCCAAAUUCCCCUCAAACACACAUACAGAUAUUCAUAGAGUCAAAAAAGAUGCACUUCAACAAAUGUAGCACUGAUUUCCAUGUAUAUUUGCAAAAUAUUGCAGCACCUUUAAAAGAUCGGGUGCUUCCUUUUUGUCCUCAAGCUAAUUUUAUGAUAUUUUAAGUCACAUUUUGCCACAGAAGCACCUCUUAGUAACAUCUGUUUUCUAACGAACACAACUGAAGGUUUGUUCAAGGAAAACCAGCACAUUUAUCUGAGUGAAAGGGUUUAACUCGGUGUGUUGUCAACUUGAUUUUAAAUCUUUAUUUUUUAUGCACAGACACACACACACACACACACACACACACACACACACACACACACACACACACACACACAGACUGAUGACGGCGCCCUCUGCUGGCUGUUAUUCGUACUGUUACUGAGGUUUCCUGCGCUUCAUAGCUUCAGGUGGUUUUCUGCUGUCCUACCAUCACCUCUGUCCACUCAUCAGACACUAAUUCUCCACCAGCUAAACACACAUUCAGGUCGCCACAUUUACAACAUUCAAAUGACCAAAGAUAGCUCUUACUUUUUGUUUUUUUUGUCCAUUUCUCUCACUUUCAUGCUUCAUAAAUGUGAUUAGAUUCCUAUGAGAUGUUAAUUCGUGCACCACUCAUGCGUUGAGCUAUGAAUGCACAUCGGGAAACCUCCAACCUUUCAAACCCCACAGAAAAUGACUUUAGCUGUUACACUGUCAGAGAUUUCAGUGGAGCCGGACACAUUUGUACCCUGUUGGAAAGUUAUUAAAGAAAAUAUACAAUCUGUGA